AUGAACUGCGCUGACAGGUUAUCCGACUGUAGCAAUCGCUGUUCUACGCUAGCGAGGCGGUUUGUGUGUCAGACAGAGUUCUCGGAAUCACACGACGAACGCCAUUCAGACGGAGUAGAGGUUGACGAAGAGGAGCCACUCGACGCGCCCUCGCUAGAAAGGCUCAGGGAAGCUGUGGUUUCCGUUCCGGAAAAGACGCUUCGAGAAAUAGUGCUCGAUCUUAUCGAGGACAUGCCAUCAGUCGGACACGCUCUCUUCAAAGAGUUAGUGACGGUUCAACACGGAGAGCUCGUGCAAAGAUGGGAAAUAUGCCGUAAAUGUGGCGACGAUUUCGAUGUCAGCGCAACACAGGUAGAAGGAUCAUGCCAGUUCCAUCCGGGUGUACUGGAAGUCAGGGAGGAGGAAUUCGUUGACUGGGACGAAGACUGCCAUGGGCCAAUGGACACGCCUGAAAAUAGGAGAGACUACCCGGAGAAUUUCAGUUGGACGUGCUGUGAUGGCAGUGGCCUGUCUGAAGGCUGCGUGUCGAGCACACAUACCGCGAGCGGCCCCGCAAGAAAACGCAAGCGAAUAUGA